UGCUCCUAAAGUCCCCUGUUCACUCUGCGAAAAUUGGUGCUACUGGUACUACUUUGUCCACCGUCUGUUGUCAUGAUGUCGCCCAGGCUCGGGUCUCGCCUCAGCUUUUACUACGGAUCAUUUCUUUUGACGCUGUAGCCCGGCGGUAGGUAUCUGGACCUAAGGCAGAGAGGUAUCCAUCCAUGCAUCCAUACCCAUAUAGCCGGGGGUUGUCUGUCAUUGAAAUGUCUCGGACCUCCUCGACCUUUUCUUCAUCGUCCUCUUCUCUCACCACCUGCUUUUGAUACACUCGCUAUAUCAGACUUGGUCUUGAUUCUCAACAGUCGUUAACUCGUCAUCUUAAUCCUUUAUUUCUUCUUUUGCUCGUACUUUUAUCAAAUCGUCGGUCGUCACUCACAUACCUUGUUCUUAAUCUGUAAGUCAAACAUCGUCCGAGUCUACGGGUCUUGCCCCCGGUUGUCUUAGUGAUAGCAUCCUCCAUACCUCUCCUUCCCGCAGAGCACAAGCAAUCUCCUCAUUAUGGGAAAGAGAGAGACUUGGAAUAUAAGUGAAUAAAACCGCUGACCCCCGGCCAAAGAAACUCCAUACCUUUCGUCAAUCUUCACAGUUUACGAACUUUUUUUGGACUUCGCAUACGUAUCAACCACAUACAUACCUUCAUCGUAUCCAACACAGCUAGUUUUCAUACAAGACACAAAUACGUCACAAUAAUGCCUUCUCUCCGAACAACCGUUUUGGCCGUUGCUGCCUCAGCCAUUGCCGUUGUCAACGCCGACUAUGUUAUUGACCCCGAGAGUGUACCCCUGUCUCAACGCCGUGUUUGGUGCCAGAACGAAAUAGAAACCUGCCCUAUGAUUUGCGGGCAGACUAGCAAGGGAGAUACCAAGGUCAACGAGUGUGAUCCUAAAACGCUUACAUACGGUUGCAUCUGCGGCGACGGCAAGCAACCCAACGUGUCUGAAUACUCCCUGACCCUACCAUUCUACGUAUGCCAGGAAUGGGGUAACCAAUGUGUCGAGGACUGCAAGGGCAGUGCCUCUUGCGCUUCUGACUGCCGCCAGAACCACCCAUGCGGUGCCAGCAACCCCAAGAAGUACAACACGACUUCCACAGCUACCGACACGGCUGCCGUCAAAGCGACAGCCAGCGCUACUGACGAUCCCAAUGUUGUCUACACUGGCACCCCAGGAGGCGACGACUCAGACAGCUCAACAACAACAAAGACCAACGGCGCCGCCGUCAUUGAGGCUGGGCGCACAUGGGGCCUGACUAUUGUCCUGAGCACCAUUUUCGCUGGAUUCGCCAUGUUCUGAGUUUCUGGUGAUGCUUGAUGGUUUCCUGAGUUUGGCGACCGGGCUGCCAAAGAGAUUACUGCAUUGCUUCUGUUCUCUUGUGUUUAUUGCUCCUACAUUCCUUUGAAGCCUUGGACGUCUAGGUGUUUGGUUGUCUUUUAUGGUGGGAUAUUCUUUUUAUGAUUCAACUUGAGGGGUUGCCCUUUUACAUCAUUAAUAUCGUUAAUGUCGAAGGGACGAAGAGAUGGGAAUAGGUGGUAGAACAGGACGAAAUACAUGUCGUUGACUGCAAUCAAGCAGUUGAACCACCAGGAACCUUUCACAACAAAUCUGAAGCCAGUGUGAUAUCCUGAUGCAUGAAACAAGCAGUGGCCUAUCGAGACAUGUCGUUGUCGGUUCAAGGAUUCCCAGAGUUGGAGGAGGUCACAUUCAGCGUCAGUUGAUCUUCACUCCACAUUCCGGAUUUCAAGA